AUGGCGUCUCAGUAUGACCGGGCAAUCACUGUCUUCUCCCCGGACGGACACCUAUUCCAAGUGGAAUAUGCCCAGGAAGCGGUACAGAAAGGAUCCACCGUGGUUGGAAUUCGAGGUACUGAUAUAGUUGUGCUUGGGGUCGAAAAAAAAUCUGUUGCCAAGCUUCAAGAUGAAAGAACUGUGAGGAAAAUUUGUGCCCUUGAUGACCAUGUCUGCAUGGCUUUUGCAGGACUGACUGCUGAUGCAAGAGUAGUAAUAAGCAGAGCUCGUGUGGAGUGCCAGAGUCAUAAGCUUACAGUUGAGGACCCAGUCACUGUAGAAUAUAUAACUCGCUUCAUAGCAACCUUAAAGCAGAAAUAUACACAAAGCAAUGGACGAAGACCUUUUGGUAUUUCUGCCUUAAUUGUAGGUUUUGAUGAUGAUGGUAUCCCAAGAUUAUAUCAGACUGAUCCCUCUGGUACUUACCAUGCUUGGAAGGCAAAUGCAAUAGGUCGAAGUGCUAAAACUGUCCAAGAAUUUCUAGAAAAGAAUUACACAGAGGAUGCUAUAGCAAACGACAGUGAAGCUAUCAAAUUAGCAAUAAGAGCUUUGCUGGAAGUUGUCCAAUCUGGUGGAAAAAACAUUGAACUUGCUAUAAUAAGAAGAAACCAACCUUUGAAGAUGUUUAGUGCCAAAGAAAUUGAAUUACAAGUAAAUGAAACAGGAAAGGAAAAAGAAGAAGCAGAGAAGAAAAAAUCAAAGAAGACUGCCUAA